AUGAGGGAUCGCUUUAUUCCUCACAAUUUCAAGCAAAGUCAAUAUGUGAAGUGGAGCACUUUGCAACAAAAUGGAGAAUCGGUUGAGGACUACAUCAAAGAGUUUGACAGACUUUCUAUUGUGUGUGAAAUCACGGAGAAUGAAGAACUCAAGAUGGGACGUUUCGUGGCUGGGAAGAAGAAGAAGCCGAUUGUCAUCCCUCAAGUGGCACGAAGACCAACCUUCCCUGUCAAGGAUGGUUCUUCUUUUGUCAAAGCCAACGAUCCACCUAAGAAGGACAAGAAAUAUUUCAAAAUGAGUGACAUUGUUUGUUACAAGUGCGGAGGAAGGGGCCAUUUUAAGAAGGAUUGUCCAAAUUCCAGAACUUUGACCAUGCAAGAGGUAAAGCUUAUUGCUAAUCAAACUAUCAAUUGGGAGGAUUUCGAGGUUGAAGAAGUGGAGGACGUGAAUUCUAAUGAAGGGGACGAGGAGGAAGAGCAAUGUUUCCCUGAAGAAGAGACCAAAACAAAUCUGGUUGUGAGAAGGGCGUUGCAAGCUCGUGUUGACGAACCCUUGGCACCGCAAAGGCAACAUAUUUUCAUUACCAAGUGCAAGAUUAAAGGCGAGGAAAUUAAUGGUGAGGAGGAAUUAUACUUGUUGUACUCUAAAGAGAUCCACGAAAAUUUUGUGAGUCAAAAUCCUAAAUUAGCUCAGUUGAUUAAGGAUUUUGAGGAUGUUUUUCCCGAUGAGUUACCGAAAGAGUUACCACCUUUGAGGGGAAUUGAACAUCAAAUUGACCUCAUUCCGGGUGCUCCUUUGCCUAACAAACCUGCCUAUAGGUGUAAUCCCUUGGAAACUAAGGAAUUGCAACGACAAAUUGAGGAGUUGAUGAGUAUGGGGUAUGUACGUGAGUCUAUGAGUCCGUGUGUUGUUCCUCCUCUUUUGGUCCCAAAAAAGGAUGGUACAUGGCGCAUGUGUAUUGAUAGUAGGGCUGUUAACAAUAUUACUAUCAAGUAUAGGUUUCCAAUUCCAAGACUAGAUGACAUGCUUGAUGAACUGAGUGGUUCGAAGUGGUUUUCAAAAGUGGAUUUGAGGAGUGGUUACCAUCAAAUUCGGAUGAGGAAAGGAGAUGAAUGGAAGACCGCUUUCAAAACCAAGCACGGCUUGUAUGAGUGGCUCGUGAUGCCAUUAGGACUCACCAACGCACCUAGCACUUUCAUGAGGUUGAUGAACGAGGUGUUGCGGCCUUUCCUAGGCAAAUUCGUGGUGGUGUACCUUGAUGAUAUCCUUAUUUAUAGCAAAGAUGGGGAUGAACAUUUGAUACAUUUAUUUAAAGUUUUUACGGAGAAGGUGUGA